CAAGGUUCAUUGCGUUCGCUGCCUCAGCUAAUAAACAGAGACGAAAAACCGAGUGAUAUCGCCUGACUUGAUACCCCAGGUAAUACAUCUGGAUACUUUGAAGAAUGAAGCGAAUAGGACGGUGCGCCACUAGAUCAUCAAGGUGAACGGCAGUCAGGACCGGACGGGCGCAUUUUUCCUUUGCUUUGAACCUCGUGAUAAAAAGUAUGGAAAGCCACUACUACACAAUUAUGUAAUAUUUUCGGACUGGACCCUCAUAUAAUUACGAUCGAACUUCAGGUAUUUUACCAUGAAGAUAGUAUGCUGCUGCGGCAUACUGUUAACCCAGCUUAUCCUCUGUAGUGCUACAGGAUAUCAUCCUGCAUACAGUGUAUUUUUCGGAGGUGCUCAUAGAAAUGCCUACUACCGACCACAGUUCCAGCAACAAACAGCCCCAGUAGUGAAUACCUUUGAUGGAAGCAAUGCGAUCUUUGGAAACGGAAUUGGUAGUCCACCCCGUCUCGCAGCUCAACAAGUCCCAUCAGCGUUGGACCCUUCCGGCAUGGGUUGUGGCACUCCACCUGCUACAUGUACUAACUCUAGGUACCGAUCAUUUGAUGGUUCCUGCAACAACCUCAGAAAUCCCGUUUGGGGUACUCCAAACACACGAUACGGAAGGCUGCUGCCACCAAAUUAUGGAGAUGGAAUCAGCCUUCCAACGAGAGCAAGAAGCGGUAACCCGUUACCAUUAUCAAGAACUGUCAGUUUGAUUAUGUACCCAGACAUCAACCUUGAAGACCCAAUCUUCACUCUCAAUGCCAUGCAGUACGGACAAAUCGUUACUCAUGAUAUGAGUAUGAUUGCGGGAAGCACUCAAGCACAACCACAUUCCACAAUGUGCUGCUCAGCUUCUGGCCAACUACUUGAGUUAGCAAACAUUCCUGAGCAUUGCUUUCCAAUCGUCUUGCCAGAAAGCGACCCAAUUGCUCAACAGACCAACCAAAGGUGUCAGAACUUCGUCAGAACCAUCACAGAUCGAGACCGAAAUUGCGUUGCGCAGAACCAACCGGCGGAACAGCUCACAGCAGUGAAUGCUUUUCUGGAUCUAUCAAUCGUUUAUGGUAACAACGAUCAGACAGCCCAAUCACUACGUCAGUUCCAGGGUGGUUUAAUGACAGUUGACGUAAGAAACGGACAAACUUGGCCACCUAGAAACAUGAAUUCUUCAGGAGUCUGUGCCAUACAAGAUAUCAAUGAAGCCUGCUAUAUGGCGGGUGACACUAGAGUGAACCAGAAUCCACAACUGACUCUCCUACAAGUUGUCCUACUUCGUGAGCACAACAGAUUAGCCAACGCGCUGGCUCAAAUCAACUCUCACUGGGAUGAUGAGACCCUCUUCCAAGAAGCCAGGAAGAUUAACAUCGCCCAGCACCAGUACAUAACCUACUACGAGUGGUUGCCUAUAUACAUCGGUUUCGGGAACUCCUUGAAGAACAGGAUCAUCUACCAGACAUCGGACUUUGUCAAUGAUUAUGAUGACACCGUUGACCCUUCAAUUCUCAAUGAGCACGCGACUGCUGCCUUUAGGUUCUUCCAUUCGCUAAUUCAGGGAAAUUUGGACUUGGUUACUGAAGAGAGAAAUAGCUACGGCACUUUGAGGCUUAGCGACUGGUUCAACAGGCCUCAAAUAAUUGAGGAAAGGAACAAUUUCGAUGACCUCAGCAGAGGAUUGAACACACAACCACAGGAUGCCUCAGAUCAGUUCCACACCAGCGAAAUUACACAAUUUCUCUUCAGAGCCGGCCAACAAUUUGGGCAGGACUUAAAAGCAUUUGAUGUUCAGAGGAACAGAGAUCAUGGACUAGCAUCGUACAAUGAAGUUCGACAGUUUUGUGGUUUACCUAGGGCCAACAGCUUUAAUGACUUCCUAGAUGUCAUGAGCAGUAAGAAUGUAGAACAGCUGGCUAGACUUUACGAGUCUCCGGAAGACGUAGACCUAACUGUUGGUGGAUCUCUGGAGCAGUUAGUCCCUGGUACCCUGGCCGGCCCAACAUUCCUUUGCAUACUCACAGAACAGUUCUACAGGUCAAGAGUUGGUGACAGAUUUUUCUUUGAAAAUAGCGGUACAACUGGAUUCACUUUAGAACAAUUGAAUGAGAUUAGAAAGACAAGCAUAUCAAGACUACUCUGUGAUAAUGGCAACAGUGUCAGAGCUAUGCAGCCAAGAGGAUUUGAAAGAAUCUCUCCAAGUAAUGCAGUGGUGCAGUGCGAGGCUCUACCAAGUGUAGAUCUAACAAAGUGGAGAGACCUCAGUGGAGCUAACGUGGGCAUCCAAGGUGGCAUUCAGAGUGGCAUACAAGGUGGCAUUCAGAGCGGCAUCCAAGCUACUGUCCAGGGAGGACUUCCACUGGGCCAUCCAGACUACACUGUUACACAGGAGUUUUAUUAUAAGAAGAAAUGAGCCAAGUAUUAAUAAGCAGAGAUACGGUUUCACUGAAAGUAUUAUUAGUACCUAAACAUAGUAAGUGCGAAAAUGCACUUUCUAAUGGAGAUUAUCGAUGGAUUCUUUUGUGUUCGGAUAUAUUGAGAUAACUUGAGUCAUUACCAGCAUGUUUGCCUAUCUUUGGUUAUUUAUGUUUGAAUUACGUGGUCAGCUAAACAAUACAAAUAAGCAAAAAUCGUAAUGUAAGUCAAAUCAUAUACGUCAGUACACAAUGGUAAUAUGAGCUAUUUGUACCAAAAAGUAGUUCAUGUUCCUUAAAGCAUUAAUUAGAAAUGAAAUAAUAGAUGACACUAAUGGUCUCUACCGGUUUUCUGUAGAAACGAUAUAUUUAGCGGACAUAUUGAAUAGCUGGCUUGUGCAAAAUUAUUCUCAUUGACAUUAUACAUUGAAAAAUUCGACCCUCACCAUUGGGAUCCCGGAAACUGUAAGAGAUACGAAUUCGCUUAAAACGGGUCAGAGUUGCGUAUUUAGGUAGUCAACAAAAUGCCGCUUAGAAAGCUCAGAAAUUCAGAGUAUUUUUGGAGAGAGUCGGAAAAACUCGAAUGUUCCCAAAAUCGUUUAAAUUUUUUCCUGCCUUUAUUUGUGGUGGGAUUUCAAAAUAAAUUGCACAUUGACAUUGUCAUUCUUUCUCCUUUGCAAGAUGACUUGACUAGAAUUUCAAUAUGUCGUUUCGUCUCUUAACCUUCAGCUUCAACUUUAUUUUUUCUUAAAGACGCCAUAUAGGAUAUUGCACGGAUGAACAUAGUUUUUAAUUCUAAUUACAAAAAUGUAGAAUACGUCAUACAUUCACGUUGCCAAACCUUAGUUAUUUCGAAAAAGCAGAACUUCCUAGGUAGGCCCUGAAAUUAUCAGAUAGUCAUUUGUUUGACCUACAAGAUUAAUCCCAAAGUCACUUUCAUUUUUCCGUGACUGUUUGAGACGGGAUAUGAAAAGAAAUCGCAUGUCAUCUUUAGUCAUAAAUAAUCAGAGGUAAAUGAUGGCAGAUGUUUAAAAUAUUGUCCGUUAUCUUGUACGCAAAGCCUGACUCUUCUCUUUACAUUGAUCACAGAUUAAUUUAUUUCUCUUCUUCUUAGUCUUCCAAACUCUGAUGCUUUUUUUAUUUUGAGGUCUGGUCUACUACAUGAAACAAAUGAAAUCUCACAAUUUCAGGGCUUACCUAGAAACCAGUUUUCCUGGAAUAAUUGAACUUCGUCAAUACGUCAAUGUCAAUACAUGAAAUCAGAAUUAGAAACUCUAUUUAUCUGCGCAAAAAUCCAACAAUGGCGUUCAUAACAAAAAAUAAAGUUAAUGCUGGAGGACAAGAGACGAAACGUCAUAUUAAAAUUCUAAUUAUAUCAUCUUGUGGAGGAGAAAAAGUAGCAAUAUCAACAUGCAAUUUUUUUGGAAUCCCAUCUCAAAUAAGGUCAGGAAGAAAUAAAAGUAAUUUUGGAAUAAAUCUGGUAGGCUAGACAAAUGACUAAUUGAUAAUUUCAAGGCCUAACUAGGUCACUCUGCUUUUUUGAAAUACCUAAGGAUUGGAAACGUCAAUGUAUGACGUAUUAUACAUAUUUGAAAUUAGAAUUCAUCUGUGUAAAAAUCUAAUGUGACGUCUAUAAGAAAAAAUAAAGUUGAGAGGAGACCAGACGUCAUAUUGAAAUUCUAAUUAUACCAUCUGGUAGAGGAGAAAAAUUGGCAAUGUUAAUGUGUAACUGGCUUUGUGGCAUCCCACUACAAAUAAAGUCAGGAAAAAAUUAAGACGAUUUUGGGAAAAUUCGUUUUUUUCCAUCUCCCUCUGAAAGCUAUUUCAAUUUCGAAACAUUCCAAGCGUCAUUUCUUCCAUUAUCUAAAUACACAACUUUGCUCCCAUUUACGCGACUUAUCACUUACAGCUUCCGAGACUGUAAUGGUGAGUAUCGAAUUUGAAACAUCCUGUAUAUUUAUUUCAUCCUUUGCCAAUAGUGGUAGCCAUUUGUUGAGAUAUAUAAUACAUUUCUAGAAUUAAGUCUAUGUAUGUUGCCUGUAAAUACUUUAGUCAUCAUGGUGGAUGAUUUUCAAUAGAAACAUGAUCGUUACCAGCAUUAUAUUAUUAAUUUAUUUUACUAUAUUUUUGUAAGGUUCUGUAUAUAUUUAUACGUUGUAAAUUUUAUUAAUAAAUAAGGAUACUGUAUC